CUACAUUCUGGAUCAACUUGUGAAAAUCAUCUAAGAUUUUCCUGCCUUCAUUUAUAACAAUAGUGCUAUUAUACAAUAAUUCAUUUAUUAUGAGCAUACAAUAAGGCAUACUUUUCAUUGCUUAUAGUCAUGGUAUCAUCAAAUUCCUACACAUAUUCAUUGUAUAACAAAAUAAGUAAACUUUUAAAAGGAAAAUAUAAUUAUAUCUUCAUAUUUUCCUGUUAUAUAAAUAGCGAGUCCAAGUCAUAUUUGAAACACAACAAAAUGGAUAAGAGCUCAGCUACACCAAAUGAUUCAUUUACAAGUGCCAUGACACUUACUGAAGAGGGACUAACCUGUAUUCCCAAACGUUACAUCGUUCCAUCAUCCCUACGCCCCAACGGAACCUUGUCCAACUCCAACACAUGCUUGCCAAUUGUGGAUCUAUCCUUACUGCAACACCCUCUUCUUCGGCCUCAGAUAAUCCAGCAAGUAUACCUGGCCUGCAAGGAACUAGGUUUUUUCCAGGUACGUAAAGUUUCUUCAUGCUGAUACCAUUUAAGAGAUAACAAUAUACACUCACCAAGUAAAUAAAAAAUGUUCUGGCCUUUAUCUCCUUCUCUCUUCCCUUUAUUUUCAGUUGAUGACGUCCUAGAUUUCAUAUACUUAGCAGUUUAAAAGGAAAGAGAAUAAGAAGUUCUUUACUAAUUCAACCUGGACGUAGAAUAACAGCAUGCAUGCAAUAAAUGACUGUGUGCAGGUAGUCAACCAUGGAAUUCCAUUGUCAGUCAUGAAAGAUGCAUUAGAUAAUGCGAUUGAGUUCUUCGAUUUACCAAGUGAAGAAAAACUGCAUCUCUUGUCUUCAAAUGUUCAUGACCCCGUAAGGUAUAGUACCAGUCUAAAUGAUGACAAAGACAAAGUAUCCUUUUGGAGAGACUUCCUCAAGCACUAUGCUAAUCCAAUCUCAAAUUGGAUAGAUUUGUGGCCAUCAAACCCCACAUUUUACAAGUGAGUCUUGUAUUCUUAAGUGAAUAUGUUUAUCUCUGAAAUAUUUCUGAUAUACAUAUAUUCUAAAUGUUCAAGAAGAAUAUAAUUUCAAAAGCCUAAAGCAGCUCAUCAUGCAGGGAGAAAAUGGGAAAUUACACAAAGGCAGUACAAAAGUUGCAAGAAGAAAUCAUGGAAGUAAUAUUUGAGAGCUUAGAACUAAACCCCGAUUACUUACAUGAAGACAUUGCAAAAGGCUCCCAGGUCAUUGCCGUUAAUUGCUAUCCAGCAUGUCCUGAGCCGGAUCUUGCACUAGGCUUGCCACCACACACAGAUUAUUCUUUGCUAUCCAUCAUUCUUCAAAAUCAUCAGGGCUUGCAAAUCAUGGAUCGAGAUGAAAAGUGGCAUUCGGUUCCAGUCAUUGAAGGAGGCCUCAUUGCUCUGGUGGGAGAUCACAUGGAAGUCUUGAGCAAUGGUCAAUACACAGGUGUUGUCCACCGAGCAGCAGUUAACUCAGAGAAAAAGCGCCUUUCCAUUGCCAGUCUUCACAGUCUAGCUUUAGGUAAAAAAGUUAGACCUGCCCCAGCUCUUGUCGAUGAACAACAUAUAUUGUCCUAUAACGAAGGAGGAUUCAGUGAUUUCCUUGACUUCAUUUCUGGAGAAGAUAUUGUGCAGGUAAAGUACAUAGAUAAAUUAAAAAUAAAUCCAUGAUGAUUAUAUAUAGUCCACGGACAGCAGAUAAUCUGUGCUAAAAUCCUAAGGUGUAUAACCAGUAGCCAUUUUUUCUAUGUACUUUGUGCCAAUAUCUAAGGGUGGGUGUUUGGUUCUUCACUGGUGCAUACUGAAUUCCGAACAGAACUAGUUCGAUUCAGUUCGGUUUUUUUCUAAUUCGGUUCGGUUCUUCGGUAUGCGCUUGAUAAGUACUUCUUACUGCAAACCCAAGGUUCACUAAAUCUGGGUUGAAGAGAAACCACCAUCAACGGAGGUAGACUGUGUAGAAACUGGGCUAGAGAUGGUGUGUGCAGCAUCACUUAUGUACACACGUUGUUAUUGUCUUAUAAAGAAACUGGUCUUUAUUCCCUACAUUCAAUCUUUCAUAGCAGUGUCCAACUUUUGCUCUUCUUAUUCUUUAUUGUUUCUAUUUUUUAAGAAUAAGAUUGAAUGUAUCAACAACUCUUGUUCAAAGUUUCCAUUUAAUAAUGAAAAUCCUCUGUUCUUAAAUACAUGUCUCUUGAGCGAUCACUGAUAUAUUUAGAUCAGCAUUAGAAGUUGAGUUUGAGGGAAGAAAAAAUCUUUAAGUGAGCUUGUACUAUAUAUCAUCAAAAUGUUGAUAAACAUGGACAUACAAGUAUAAUUAGGGGAAUAUAUGCCUAGAGAUAUGGUUCACUGAAAGGUCGCUGCAGUAUUCUACACUGAAGCUCCACAAAAUUUCAGUUCUUCAGUUAAGGACCCAAAAACCGAGAACCGAACACCAAAGUCUUAAAAAAUUUAAUACCGAAACCGAAGAAAUGAAUUAAUUUGGUCCAGUUUUUCAGUUAUUAUGCCUCUCCCUACUAAUAUCACUUGAGAGAGGCUCUCCUUUCUUCACGCUAGGGGGAUUUACUGUGAAAAAUAAGAAUAUAAGGAUCCAUAACUUUUGCAUCUCGGUAUAGCAGGACUUGAACUUGCGAUCUUUAUGACGCAUUAUCAGGACUGUGAAAAAGUCCAAGGUUGUACCAACUGAGCUACUAAUUAACAAAAUUAAGACGCAGCAUCAGGAUCUUCAAUAAGUCCAGUG